GGAGAGGGCGGGCGUAUUUCCGGGAGGCGCGUAGGGCUUGAGGUCGGGAGCUGCCCCUCCUGCCACCAAUAUGGAGACUUUGUAUCGAGUCCCGUUCUUAGUGCUGGAAUGUCCCAACCUGAAGCUGAAGAAGCCGCCCUGGGUGCACAUGCCGUCGGCCAUGACGGUGUAUGCCUUGGUGGUGGUGUCUUACUUCCUCAUCACCGGAGGAAUAAUUUAUGAUGUUAUUGUUGAACCUCCAAGUGUUGGCUCUAUGACUGAUGAACAUGGGCAUCAGAGACCAGUAGCUUUCUUGGCCUACAGAGUAAAUGGACAAUAUAUUAUGGAAGGACUUGCUUCCAGCUUCCUGUUUACAAUGGGAGGUUUGGGGUUCAUAAUCCUGGACCGAUCCAAUGCACCAAAUAUUCCAAAACUCAAUAGAUUUCUUCUUCUAUUCAUUGGAUUCGUCUGUGUCCUAUUGAGUUUUUUCAUGGCUAGAGUAUUCAUGAGGAUGAAACUGCCGGGCUAUCUGAUGGGUUAGAGUGCCUUUUGAGAAGAAAUCUAUGGAUACUGGAUUUGUUCCUGAUAAUGUAGUUUUAAAGGCUAUACCAAUCGUCUAAUAUGAAAUGUGGAAGAGAAUGAAGAGUAGCAGAAAACGAAAUAUCUAGCGAAAACAUAGGAAACGUUUGAAAGCUUGGACUACAAUUUCUUCUUGGUAUCAAAGAGACAAGUUUAUCACAGUAUUUUUUCCUGCUGACCUGUACUGUAGCAACAAUGUUAAGUGGCAUUUUCUUCUUAGUUUUUCAUAUCUUAAAGAAAAUAUACUCCAUAUCUAUAAUAUUGAAUAAAGUGAUUAUUUUUUACAACCCCUUUAACAUUUUUUGGAGGUGACAGUUCUGGUUUUCAGAAAUUAAUAUAAUCAGGAAGCAAGAUUCCAUAAGCUGAGAACUCUGGACAGCUGAUCAGCUUUACCAAGGUGCUUUGCCUUUAAACAGAGUAUGUGAUAGCACAUUAUUUCAGAUAUGUAUGUAAGGCUGUUUCCUGAAAAAUAAGAUGUAUGAAAGGAACGGAAAUAAAUAAUUUUUCUAAUUA